UUGCUGCUGUUUGUUGGGAAUUUAGUGUUUUUCGGGAAACAGACAGACGGAGCUGCAGCACACAGCAAAAAAAAAAAAAAAAAAACGGAGCGAAGAAGACCAGAUCAUCCUCCUCCUGCAGGGAGCGGAGCCUUCAUCAUCACCUUCAUCUUCAUCAUCAUCAUCAGUGUUUCUGCGGAGUCAUGGCGGGAGCUCUAAGGAUGACUGAAGCUCAGUUCAUCAACGUCUACGACAACGACCUGCAGAUGAAUUUGAUGCAGUACGACUACAUUCCUCCAGUGGACAUAAAGACUGAACCCUACAUACCUGAGACAGCUCAUGGUCCCUACAUUCAAAUCAUCGAGGAGCCAAAACAGAGGGGCUUUCGUUUCCGUUAUGAGUGUGAGGGUCCAUCCCAUGGUGGGCUCCCAGGGGCCUCCAGCGAGAAGAACAGGAGAACCUACCCGACCGUGAAGAUUAAUAACUACAUGGGUCACGCCCGGGUGGAGGUCCAGCUGGUGACCCACACCGACCCUCCUCGUGUUCACGCUCACAGUCUGGUGGGACGUCACUGCACCGAGAACGGCACCUGCACGCUCGACAUCGGCCCCAACGACCUCACCGCCUCGUCAGUAUCCAAUCACAUCGCUGCAUUCAGACUGAAUCACAACAAAUCAGACAGUAACAAGAAGGUUUUUAAUCCUCGUCAGACGCUCUGGUUACUUCUAAAGAAAAACUCCAAAGAAGAAGUCAGAAUUUUCUUUUAUAAAUUCAGCUUCCAGGAAACAUUUUUAUCACCUUUUAUUGUCAGAUUAAAGUCCAGAGCAGAAAAUAUGGAGAGAGACAAACUAAUAUAUGUAAAUAAAUUCAUAACACUGAUGUUGGAGUGGAAAUGUGCUCACAUUAACACCAGGAAGAAAGAAAAAUCUGCAGAGUCACCAAACGCCUCCAACCUGAAGAUCUCUCGGAUGGAUAAGACAUGUGGCUCAGUGCUCGGAGGAGACGAGAUCUUCCUGCUCUGCGACAAAGUCCAGAAAGAUGACAUUGAGAUCCGUUUUUAUGAGGAGGAUGAUGAAGGAGGCUGGGAGGCAUUCGGUGACUUCUCACCUACAGACGUCCACAAACAGUACGCCAUCGUCUUCAAAACACCGCCCUACCACAGUGCAGAGAUCGAGCGGCCCGUCACCGUCUUCCUGCAGCUGAAGAGGAAAAAGGCUGGCGACAGCAGCGACCCCAAACAGUUCACCUACAUACCACAGGUCCAAGACAAAGAGGAGGUGCUGAGGAAGAAACAGAAGCCACUGCCUCACUAUGAACCCUGGAGAGGAGGAGGAGGAAGAGGCGGAGGAGCUGGAGGAUUUGGAGGAGGAGGAGGAGCUGGAGGAGCAGGAGGAGGAGGAGGAUUCCAGUUCAACCAGCAGAUGAAUGGAGGAGGAGGAGGAGGAGGAACCGGCGGAGUCUUCUUCCCGGGAGGCUUCACAGGCUUCGGCGGAGGGACUCAGAUGUCAGGCUCUGCCCCUCAGACAGGGGUUACCCAGCAACAGACAGAGGGAGAGACAGGAGGACAGACAGGAGGACAGACAGGAGGACAGACUGGCUCACCACUACAGCAGCAGCUGUUUCAGCUCGCCGCCGCCCUCCACAGCCGAGCCUCUCAGAGCGCCAGACAGACGGCUGCUGCCUUGCUGCAGUACUGCAGCACCGGGGAUGUCCGCGUCCUUCUGGCACUCCAGAGACACCUCUGUGGCGUCCAGGACGGCAACGGAGACACUCCUUUGCACCUGGCUAUCAUCCAUCAGCAGACAGGUGUGAUCCAGCAGCUGAUCCACACUCUGCUCAGCAGUCAGCAGCAGAACAUCCUCAACACGGCCAACCACCUCCGACAGACUCCUCUCCACCUGGCGGUGAUCACCCGGCAGGUGAAGGUGGUGGAGGUGCUGCUAAGGGCGGGGGCCGACCCCAGCCUGCUGGACAAAGAUGGCCGCAGUCCGCUCCACCUGGCGGCGCUGGCUGGAGACAACGCCACGCUCCGCCCCCUGCUGGCUCACCUUGGAGAACGCCACGCCCACCUGGUCAACACUCCGGACUUCCAUGGUCUCCAUCCUCUCCACUUGGCGGUGAGGCGGGACGGCGAGCGCUGCCUCCGCCUCCUGGUGGAGGGCGGAGCCAAAAUCAAUGCACCUGAGCAGAAGAGCGGAAACACCGCCCUCCACCUGGCUGUGAGGGAAAACCUGUUCAAGGUGGCCUGCACUCUCAUCACAGAGCUGAAGGCCGAUGUUAACGCCAGCACGUUCGGAGGAAACACACCUCUGCACCUGGCCGCCAGUCUGGGCUCACCGACCCUCUGCUCCAUGCUUAUCGCUGCAGGUGCUGAUAAAAACGUGGAGAACGACGAGCCGCUCUUCUUCAGCUCCUCCUCGGACGAAGAACAGGACGAAGACGAACCAAUCAGAGAGCAAGAGGCCGCCUCACAGCCAAUCAACCCUCGCAAGAGACCAGCAGGAGGACACACCCCCCUGGACCUCGCCAAGUGCCAAAAGGUGAGGAACCUGUUAAACUCCAGACAGAGUCCGAAGUCGAGUCGUCACAGCAGUAAGAAGAUGAAACCGAGCAGCUCUGAAGAGGCGGAGGCUUCGGGGCUGGACGAGGACACGCUGUCCCGGCUGGUGGAGGUCCUGAGUGUCGGAGACGUCCCCUGGAGGAAACUGGCAGAGAAGCUGGGGAUGAUGACGCUGACUCACCUGUACAUGGACAGUCCGACGCCCUGCCACCACCUGCUGCAGCACUACCAGCUGGGUGGAGGUGCGGUCGAAGGUCUGGUUGACGCUCUUCAGUCUCUCGGUCUGACAGAAGGAGUCCGACUGCUGAGACACGCCGAGCUACGAGACGACAAACACAGCACAGACGCCACGGUUGACAGCGGCUUUGGCAGCCAGCCAAUGGAGGAGGAGGAGGAGCCUCCUGUGGCCAAUCAGUGACAAGCAGGAGAUAAAAUCCCAUCUGGAGGAACUUCAGGAAUGUCGUUUGGUCUCUGCUGCGGGAGCCUGGACGGACGGACGGACGGACACGUCCAGCAGAGACUUUGAUUCUCGGACUCUAACGUGUGUUGACCGGCGGACGAGAUGAAGGCUGCGUUCCACACCCACUCAGAAAUGAUGAACUCACAACACAGGAAGUCAAAAGUUUUUUAAAUUUAAAAACAGGAAUUCACAGAAACUACAAUUAAAGUUUUUCAAUUUUUAACUUUGUUACAUUUUUUUCAUUAAGUUAUAUUUUGUUUUUCUUUCAGUGUUUUUAUGAAACAAUUAUAUUUCUCUUUCUGUCCGUGACGUCUCUGACGAACUUUUCAAUCCCAGGAUGAACUUUGACCUUCGACCUGCCCAGAAUUCUUUCAAUGAUGAUCAAUUAUACUUUAAAUAUUUAAAUAUGAAUUAAAGGAAGUGAACGCAGAGUUGAAACGUGUCGAUGAAGAGGAGCUAUAAAUCUGUGUGUUUACAGUGUGCGUGUGUGUGUGUGUGUGUGUGUGUGUGUGACCUCGCGCCGAUCUGCUUCUUCAUCUCGAAGGAAAAUGGGAUUUCUGAUUUUUCUGUCUGGUCUGGAACGCAGCACGUCUCACCUGUCUCAGUCAGAGCAGUGACAUCAUCAGUUACCCACCUGUUCUCAGUUUCUUUGUUUGUCCAUACUUUGAUCUCGUUGAUGUCAGAAUGAAAAAGAUUUUAAAUGUUAAAUGUUAUGAAUGUCGAAAAUAAAAAAUACUGAAGGAAAA